CGCCCAUCAAUCGAUGCCUCUGAUUUUUGAGGUUAUAAUUCGUUGUUGAUUAUUUCGAUAGUUCGUUACACGAGGAACAUCAAUGGAACAUCGCAUGCAGUAACUGUCAGAAUGGCCGAUGCACACGAGUGUUCAACGUCUGGUCUGGAUUUUUCGAAAGAGAGGAACGCACCUAGAGCAAGACGCAAGAAGUUAUUGUCUGCCGACUAUACUAUUAAAAAGAGACAACCAUUCGAUCUGAAGAAAAAACGGGACAAAGAUGUGUUUAUAACUAAUAAAACUAAUUUUAAGGCACAAUUGAAGAUAUGUGAAAAACUAUUCAACAAUGGUGCUGGUGAAGUGAUCAUACAUGGUCUUGGUGCUGCUGUACAUAGAGCUUGCAGUUUAGCGUUACAGUUAAAAGAGAUUCAUUAUAGCGGAAUUGAUUUUGAUAUUAAAACUUCUACUACGCCUAUUAUUGAUGACUUUGAACCCCUUCAAGAUAAUGCUGAUUAUGAAACAAUUAAUAGGAAUAAUUCUGCCAUCCAUAUUCGUGUGUUCAGAAAAUUUUCAAUAGGUAGUCUUAAAUAUCAGGAAUAA